GUCGCUCCUUCGGCAUUCAUGCAAACACAGAAGCGAACGAGAACUCUCUCUCCCUCUCUCUCGCUCUCCCUCUCGCUCUCGCGGAUGGAGAACACUGUCGCUCGCGGCGAACGAUAUCCGGCGCCUCUCUUUCCAUCGAAUGCCGCGUCGAGUUCAGGUGGUGCAGGGGUUUGUAUGAUGAAAACUACCUGGAGGAAUGGACAAGACGAGUCUUUUAUCUAUUUCAUCUCCUCCUUUCUCAGUUCGAAUUCUUUCCGCCUUAACUUUGUCCCCAUCGACCCGGACUUUAUUUUUAACUGUGGGGGUCUGUCUGUGGCUUUUGUCUUUAUUACAACUUGGGAGUGCAACCUCAUUCCUUAUAUGUUCAGCAGGAUUCAGAAGCUGAAGGAGCAAUUUGCACAUUUUUAUGUCGUCGUCACUCUCCAAACAAAGGAGCAAAAUGAUUCUUUCGUCCACUCUUACUUCAAAUUUGGAAUGGAGCUUGGCAGGCCAACAUUCGUUCCUGUUCCUGACAUAGAGAUGGGCUUUGAAAAGAUUGUCAAGAUAGCUCUCUCCCUUGGGGUCAGCAAGCAGCAGCAUGCCGUAUGGAAAUUGAAGGCCGAGAGGAUGCGAUCAAUGCAAAGGAUGGAUCUCUUUAUUGGAAUCGUCACAUCCAUACCCGGCAUCGACAAUCAUGAUGCUAAUUCGCUUAAUCAAGCUAUUGGUUCCAUUGAAGCAAUUGCUAAGGCAUCAAAGGAAGACAUUUUGGAGAAAACUGACCUUUCAGCACAGAAGGCAGACAUCAUCAGAAGGUUUUUCAGAGAUCCCAAGUUUUACCUCAGUCCCAAGCUGAGUUGAUGCGAGGAUUGUUAUCACACCGGAUGGCUCUAUUUGCUCACCGGCUUAAUGUGUUUAGCCACAAAGUAUCUGUAUCUCUACUAACCAGACAAAUGCUGAAGCGCAUUUUGGAGUGAACAUGCCGUGAUAGGAUUUUUGAAUGAUUAACACGUGAUAUCUUUUCAAACCA